GCGGCGGGGCCCGCGCUCUUUAACUUCCGGUGGCGGCGGUGGCGGCGGCGGCGGCGGCGGAGCUGACGCAGAGACUGGUGGCCUCGGGGCGCGAUGCCGUACGCUAACCAGCCCACCGUGCGGAUCACGGAGCUCACUGACGAGAACGUCAAGUUCAUCAUUGAGAAUACGGACCUGGCGGUGGCCAAUUCUAUUCGGAGGGUUUUCAUUGCUGAGGUACCCAUAAUAGCUAUUGACUGGGUUCAAAUUGAUGCCAAUUCUUCAGUCCUUCACGAUGAGUUCAUCGCUCACAGACUUGGAUUAAUUCCACUCAUCAGUGAUGACAUCGUGGACAAGCUACAGUACUCUCGGGACUGCACAUGUGAGGAGUUCUGCCCUGAGUGCUCGGUGGAGUUCACCCUUGACGUGAGGUGCAAUGAAGACCAGACUCGUCAUGUCACAUCUCGAGACCUUGUCUCCAACCACCAUCGGGUCAUUCCGGUGACUUCUCGGAGCCGAGAUAAUGACCCCAAUGACUAUGUGGAACAGGAUGACAUCCUCAUCGUCAAGUUGAGAAAGGGCCAGGAGUUGAGACUUAGAGCCUAUGCCAAAAAAGGUUUUGGCAAAGAACAUGCCAAGUGGAACCCUACUGCAGGGGUGGCUUUUGAAUACGAUCCAGACAAUGCUCUGAGGCACACAGUGUACCCCAAGCCCGAGGAAUGGCCAAAGAGUGAGUACUCGGAGCUGGAUGAGGAUGAGUCACAGGCUCCCUAUGACCCCAACGGCAAGCCAGAGAGGUUUUACUACAAUGUGGAGUCUUGUGGCUCUUUGCGCCCUGAGACCAUCGUCCUCUCAGCUCUCUCUGGCCUGAAGAAGAAACUGAGUGAUUUACAGACUCAAUUAAGCCACGAGAUCCAGAGUGAUGUACUAACCAUAAACUAGCUGCAGCCAGUGUGGGGCUUCAGAUCUCUCUCGGGACUUCUAGUUUCUGAGACCUAGACUGCUAUUGCACAAGCUUCUUGGCAGGGCAUCAGUACCAGCUAGAAGGGGGUCACAGAUAGAUUACUAGGGAUGCCACUGCUACUCAGGCAGGACAGUUUUUUAUUUGCUGAUUGCCAACAGUGCUCGCCAGAAUGCAGCCUGUCCUGUUUCCUAAUGCGCCUGUUGGGCCAUGCUGCUUCCCUAUUGAGAGCUGCAGCGCUGGACUUCUCUCCUGGUCAUUCCAUCUCUUUACUUUAAACCCUUUUUUCCCAAAAGAAAUGUUCACAGUUGUACCUUAGGUUUCUCAUGUUAGGGCCAAGUAUGAGGACCCUCAUUUUGGGGGCCUAUAAGCCCUUCUCAUCCUUUCCCCAAGGCCAGCCUAUUGGCACAAUUAGUUACUUAAUUUGAGAGGUAACUGUUUGAGAACAGCAUUAGACCCUGGCUAUUGCUCCCCCACCCAAUAAACACGGUAUUUCAUUCUCUACCCAGCAGUUAUGAACUCCUUCACUGUCAGUUAGUCUUCAUAGCCUGAUCAUUUAGUUAAACCAGGGCAGGGCACCCCCCUCCCUCAUGUACAGUAUUUCCUUUCUCCAUAUGAAGGUUCUGGCCCUGACCCCUCAGCACUGUCUCCAGCUGGGAACAGACCCAAAGCAGUUAAUUAGGCAGCCUAGAGAAAACCAGAGAUCCAGUAGAGAAAGGAAGGGAUAUUUAUUAACAGUAGUUGUCUUUUUAAACGUGUUUAUUUUUGGCAAUAAAGAGCACAACAUAA